UAAUAAUCAUAGAAAUAGACAUAAUCAUCAAAAGUUAUCAUCAUUAUCAUCAUCAUCAUCAUCAUCAUUAUCGAAUUCUAUGGUAUUCAAUCAAAACCAAAAGAUCAAAUCAAAAACAACAUCGUCGUCAUUGAAUUCGAAUGUUUAUCAUUCGAUGAAUGGAACGACCGCCACUUCAUUGAACAACAACCAAUCCGGUUUUCAAUCAUCAACAACGACGUCAUCAACAGCGACACCAACUUCGGCUGUGGCCGCAUCAUUUGACAAUUUAGUUGCAUCAACAUUAUCCACUGCUAACGGAAUGAAAAAUAUUGAACAUUUUGUUGAUAAAACAUUGAUCGAUGGUAAACACUGGUAUUGUUGUAAUUGGCAAAAUUGUUCAUAUCGAACAACACGUUCCGAUUCGAUUGCUAGACAUUCACGAAAACAUACCGGUGAACGUCCAUACAAAUGUUGGUUUUGUUCAUACGCAACAAUACAAGCAUCAGCAUUGAAGAUACAUAUGCGUCGUCAUACUGGUGAGAAGCCUUAUGUAUGUAAAUUUAGUGGAUGUGGUAAACGUUUUGCUGUUCAAAAUACGUUAAGAGUACAUGAACGUACACAUACUGGUUAUAAACCAUUCAAAUGUUCAUUUUCAGCUACCUGUAAUUAUUCAAGUAGUGAUCGCUGUAAAAUGGUUAGUCAUAUGCGUCGAUCACAUCAUCAAUUGGAUAUAGAUUCAAAUUCAAUAACACCGAUUAGUAGUGGUGGUGGAACAGCAUCAGGAUCAUCAGGAUUAUCGGCAAUUUUUUCCAAUGUUGUAGCAGCUAAUGGACAAAAUUCUUCAAAUAUUUCUAAUGUAUCGGGUAGUUCAUCCAAUUCUUUAGCACUUGUUUCUGGUGCAAUGUCAUCAUCACAAUUAUUGAUGGCACAUCAUCCAAAUACUCAUCAUCAAACACAUCAUACUGCUGUUUAUAAUCCAUUUACAGCAUCAUCAAUACAUUCAUCAACACAGAAUACAACAAACGCUGGUCAUCAUCAUCAUGCAAUGAUGAAUCAAUUUCAUGCAAAAGCAACAUCAUCUGCCGCCGCCGCCGCAUCAUCAUCAACCAAUGUUGCAUCAUCAGCUGUAGCAGCAGCGGCAGCUGCUGCUGCUGCAUCAAAUUCAAUUUCAACGACAAUCGUACCAUUAAAUCUAUUAAGUGUCAUAUCCAAUGCUGGAAAUUAUGAAAAUCUUCAAAGAACAACAACAAAUAUGACGUAUUCGACGGCAUCAAACAACAUUGGUCAGAAUCUUAAUCAUCAUCAUCAUCAACAACAACAACAACAGCAACAGCAACAACAAAAAUCAAAUAAUCGAUCAUUGAAACGAUCUCGAAAUAAUAAUCAUCAUCAUACAAAAAUUGAUAAUAAUAGAACAAAUCUGCAACAGCAACGACAACAACAACAAUCAUAUAUUACCGAUUUGGAUACAAUGAAUCAAACAUCAUCAGCUAAAAAUUCAAUUUCAGAUGAUAUUCAUAUUGGUGUUGGAAAAGAAGAAAAUAGUAUAAGACGUUUAAUUGAAAUGAAUCUAAUUGAAAAACGUUUUAUCGAUAAUCGUUCAUUAUAUGUUUGUCAAUGGCAUGAUUGUUCAUAUUCAACAAUACGAUCGGAUUCAAUUGUUCGUCAUAGUCGAUCACAUACUGGCGAACGUCCAUAUAAAUGUCAUCUAUGUGAUUAUAGUACCAUACAAAGUAGUAGUCUUAAAAAACAUAUGGCUCGUCAUUUGAAUACAUAAUAAUAAUGAUGAUGAUUAUUCGAUUUUGAUCCAUUUAUUCAUCAUUUUCUUUUUAUCAACACAUGAUUAUCUUUUUAUCUUCAUUAGCAUUUUUGUUCUUCAUUUAUAUAAACAAACAAACCAACAAAUUUCACAGAUAAUAAUUUUGUUAAUAAUACAAAAACAAAAUUUCAU